UCGAGCAUCCGGCGACGGUUCAGUAGAGAGAGAGAGAGGGGGUUGAUGAAUUAGUUUAAUACUGUUAAAAAAUAUCAUCAUCAUUUAUUUCAAUUCCAAUUUCAAUUUCUCACCAAUUCACACUGAAUUUCAUCAUCUGAUCCGAUCAAUCCAUCACUUUUUCACACAAUUCCGUACCAAUUUCACUCUAAUCGAAGUAUUUUCUACCGUUAUCUCAUCAAAUUGACCUAAUUUUCGACCCAGAUUUGCCAUCGUCAUCAUGACGUACGAAGAAACUGAUGCAGUUACCGUGUUAAAGAUCGCAAUUGAAGAUCCGAGAGACGAUUAUGUUAUUUUGAGCGAACCGGAGGUGCUCGACGCCGGCGGCGGCGGCGGCGGUACUGGUGGUGGUUGUUGUAGCGGUGGUGGUGGUUUUUGGUACUGUUUGUGGUGGUGGUUGAAGCUUGUUCUUGUGGUCUUAUUUUUGGCUGUUUUGGGGGUUUGUUUUUUCCUGUGGAUUGGGCCUUUCUUGAUGAAUAAGGAGGUUAUUCCUAUAUUGAAUUGGGAAACAGAAACAUUCUGCAAACCAGUUUUAGCAGUUUUGAUAUUUGCUACAGUGGCAUUGUUCCCCACCAUAUUUCUACCGUCUACGCCGUCGAUGUGGGUGGCCGGAAUGAGCUUUGGUUACGGUUUCGGGUUUCUGUUGAUUAUCGGCGGCGUCACUAUUGGUGUCUCACUGCCUUAUUUCUUAGGGUCCCUCUUUUACCACAAACUUCAAGGGUGGUUAGAAAGGUACCCAAAGAAAGCUUCUAUCUUGAAACUAGCAGGCGAAGGAAACUGGUUUAAUCAAUUUCGAGCCGUAACGUUAUUAAGGAUUUCACCUUUUCCGUACAUCGUGUACAACUACUGCGCUGUAGCGACCGACGUUAAAUUCGGUCCCUAUUUGUUGGGUACAUUGUUAGGAAUGAUACCCGAGAUUUUCGUCGCAAUAUACACGGGUAUAAUGAUCCGAACAUUAGCGGAUGCUUCAAACGAUCAUCAGUCACUUUCGGCACCACAGAUUAUCUGUACGGUUUUCGGGUUUCUUUUGACCAUUGCGACCACUGUUGUGGUCACUGUUUAUGCCAAAAGGCGGUUGAGUGAGUUGCAGAAAGAUGAAGAACAGCUACUGCUGCAGUAAGAUUUUGAAGAAAGAAUGUGGAGGAACUAACAAAACAAAGAAUGUUUUUCAUUGAUUUUUAGUACAUAAAUGAAAGAAAGAUUUGACCGUAUCUUUGUUUUGCUUGUUUUAUUCCGCUUAUACCCUCGAUAAGUUGUAUAUAACCGACAUACGUACUCUAUAAACCAUCCUUCCUUUCGGUUUCAUUUUGCUGUUUUUGAUGUGUUUGUGAACCGAAAGACUGUUCUAGAGUCGUGGAAACGACUGAAAAACAAUGAAGUUACAUAUUUUUAAUCA